UGAUGUAAUUCAUGGAAUGUCAUAUUGCACGGUGAUUGGAACUGAUUAUUCGAAUACUAGUUAAUGUACAAAAAAAGCAAAAAUGAUUCCGUGAAAUGCUAUCCCUGCUCGAUGUAUUGUAACAAUCUGUCAUGCGAAACAGGAACUUCCGGGGUGUGUCUACCGAGACGCCGACUUCAACCGUACGGCACAUGAGUAGAUUUCUGUGUUGGGCGGCUUGAACUCGUCUUCUAGAAAAAUGUCUUUAACUUCAGAUCACAUCCGAGAGAAACUCACUAAGGAGCUGGAGGCAGUGCACGUGGAGGCGGAGGAUACUUCACCUGGUAAAUGUGAUACCAGUUUCAAGGUCCUGGUGGUUUCCUCUAAGUUUGAAGGGAAACCUUUAUUGCAGAGGCACAGGAUGGUGAACACAAUCUUGGCCGAAGAGCUGAAACAGAUCCAUGCCUUUGAGCAGAAGACGCUGACCCCAGAGCAGUGGGAGAAACAGAAAUCAAACUGAUGACGGAGAUACAGUCAGCAUCUCGACCAACUGGGUGUAAAUUGUCAACUUGAAUUUAACCAUAGAGCGAUGGCAGGAGAAAAACUGGCAGCUGUCAGCUACAUUGACAUGUCAAAUUAACAAACUAUAGUUAGAUAUUAUAGAUAUUAUAGUUAGAUAGAUAUUUACCGCUUUUUAAUUUUAUUUUUUAUUUAAAAGGAUCAUGCUGUGUUCACAAUAAACAUG